AUGUCUGUCCAUACCUACACAGUCAUUGAUAUGCCUCGUCCAUUCUUGAGGAUGCCCCCAGAGAUCAUCGUUUGCAUCGUCGACAGUAUGCUCAAGAUGAACCAUGGCUGUGAGCAGCCCGCACGAUGGACUUGGGCUGAUGACGAGCCCGAGCCAUACUUCAAUCCCUUGCACAGAUACAAGGAUGCGCUCAGCCUUGCUACAACUUGCAAGGCCCUUUACAACCUGCUCAUCAAACAGAUAUAUCGCACUGACGUGCGAAACAACAAAUCGGCUGCACUAUUGAGGUCAGCCAAGAUGGGUAGCUUGGAAGGGGUCAAAAGAUCUCUCGAGGCUGGGGCCAAUGUUGACAUUGGCGAUACUACCAUGGGAACAGUUUCCCGUGACAUCGCCCGUUUUUGUUUGUCAAUGGAUGGAGAGGUCCAUGAGCUAUACUGGGGUGCAUGGCAUCCCUUCGACAUGAGCGGACAAGCCACUGCUAUCCAUUGGGCUGCCUACUGGGGCCACAAGGACAUUGUCUCUCUUCUGCUCGAACGAGGCGCUGACGUAAACCACCGCGUCCAUGUCAAAGCUGACACAUUUUAUUGCGAUAUCGUGGAUGCAAACGUCGAAGAUGGCAUAAUCUGUCUCAAGGGUGUUGACGAAGAAGUUGCCAGAUGGACCCUGGAGCACGGAGCGAACCCCCUUUACUUUGCUAUCAAAGGGGGUGACUGGGAUACGAUACAUCUCCUCAUCCAUGCCGGCGCGGAAUUUGUCACGCACACCGGAUGCGGCAUUCAUGCCCUUCAUCAGGCUGUGAGUAACGGUGAUACUGGUCUUGUCGAGUCGCUUCUACAGCACGAGUCCGUCGUUGCCAACCUUAACACCAUAUUGGAUAGCCGUGGCGCAACGGCUCUCCACUAUCUCAACUACAUCAGUGACGAUGAUGUGGAGAAUUGCAGGAUAAUCAGGAAACUCGUCGAGCACGACUUCCUGGUCAAUACGACAGAUGGGUAUGAUGCUUUGCCUAUCCAGGAAGCUAUUUUGCAACAAUCGAACAUCAUCACCACAGAGUUCAUCCGAUAUGGUUCGCUAAUCCCUGAGGAGUUUGCUUCCCAAACCUUUGAUGGGAACUUCAUCCAACGUUCGGAUAUCAUGAAAGCACUCCAAGACGCUGAGGACAGAGGCUUCACUGUUGGCAUUCAUCACCCACUUUCUCUCAUAGCCGCCACGUUUUCGGCAAGGGUACGGACGUACCGCCAUUUCUUUAAGCUCGUCUACCGGACAGGUGAAGUUCCCUUGCCCAUGAACUCUUAUGGCCCUGACCGAUGGGAAACCUUUUGGGCAAUGUCAGCUUUAACGUAA